UACUGAACUACAGUUUUUAAAGGAUUUACAAUCAUGCUAAUUGCAUACACUGGCGUUGAUUGCAAGUGAUGAGUGAAAUGGAGCUAUGGUUUUUCUAAAUAUUACUAACAAUAUGGAUAACUACUCUCAUACUGAGGAGCGUAGAUCUCUUGGAGACUGCCCCAUUUGGAAGAACAAAACAGAUGAGUCAUUGACACUUAAGCUGGAAGUGUUUGAUGAUGAGUCCUCAGAUGGUGGCUCUUCAGAGGCAUUAGAAAUAGUUACAUCAGAGAAUGAAGUGGCAGAGUCAAGUAGCAGAGAACAUAAGAGAGAAUCGAAGGAGAGUUCAACUAAUAAUGAUGUGCCAGAAAUAAUGAGUGAUAUGGAAGAAGAGAUAGAAAGACAGCUUGAUGCUAAAGCUGCAAAAUCAAAUUUGACGGUUGCUAAUGUAAAGAAUAUCUUAAAGCAUGUGAUAACAAAUGAACAUGUCCUUGCAAUGGUGAGGCGCACAGUUAAGGAAGAUAAUGACAAUAUGUGUGAUGAUACUGAAGAAGAGUUCCCAUAUGAGCCCAAGCUAACAAGAGCAAAAGCAAAGGAAUUGCUUAGGACACAAUCUGCUAUCGCAUGGCCAUUAACUCCUCCCAAAAAGCAUUCUGCUUCCAAGUGCCAUGUGCUGAUAGAACAAGAAUUGUCAGAGGAUUCUAGUGAUGAAGAAUAUCAGCCUAAUGAUGAAGAACCAGAGCAGAGCGAUGAGGAGAGCAAGUUUGUGGCAAGCGACAUGGAUAUGCAGCAUCCAGUCCGCAACUGCCCUUCUACAUUGAAGUCUCUGGCAAGCAAUGAUUGCUCCACACAGACAUCCUGGUCUGAAGAUGGUCUCUUCAAGAUCCCUCAGGAGAAUAUUGGGCAGCGAACACGAUCAAAAUUAUCUCUUAGUGAUACGCCACUGGAAACAAUCGAGAAAGCAUUUGUGCCACCAGACAUUACGACGGAUAUGUAUGAUUCUGAAUGCGAUGAUGAGGACUGGAAGGAUUUCUUGAACAAUUUUACAGAACCUUUAACAACAGAUAUUAAUGAUGCAUUUGAUGACGAUGAAGCAGAUCCCGAGUACAAUAUUUUGGCAGAUGAGGAACAAGAAACAGUUGACAAGGAGGAGCUGCGUGUUGAUAGGGCUGUCAAGGUGUCUAGGAAGGAGCUGAAUCUUCUGGUGGCUGAACUGUUUGACUGCACGGACAUGAUAUCUAGCGAUGAUGAAGACAUCAAGACUCAGCAUCACGAGAGUUUCAUGUUACCUGAUCGGGAUGAGUCCGUACAAAUUGAGGAUCCAGCACCAGUAACGGAAGAUAUGUUGAUGGAAACGUCUGAUCACAGUGUCAGUGAAGAGGAGUUCGUGCUGUCGUCAGAACAGAGACUUUUGCUAGAUCAGCAAAUGAGAAAGCACGUACAACUAACAACACAACACUUCCUGCAGACAUACGCUCAUCCGCAGCUGUCCCACUGUGCUUCAGAAUGCAAGGGUACACUUGUAAGUGGUUCAGUAUUUCCCUUUGUGCAGAAGGAAAUAGAUACAGCAGUGUUGCUAUGGAACAAGAAACGAGUGUACAGGUGUGAAUUUCCACCACAGUUCUUGGAACUUGUCGGCCAGAGUGAGGUUUUCUUAUACCCAUUGCUUUUACCACCUCAACCAUUUAGAUGUGAUGGAUUCACCAAGCCUUGCUUUGUUCCAUCUGAAGAUUCAUUGAUAGCAAUAGGCCUAGAGCAGUUUGAAGCGUACUUGAAAGUGACAUCUCAGCCUCCAUCAACUUCUAAACAUAAAAUCAAGGGAUUGCUCAUAGAAGUCAUGAACCUAGUAUCAAUGUACAUGUUGCCAGGUAGAGAUCCAAAACAAUUAUAUUUCCACGUGCGGAAAGCAAGACUGAUCAACUCGAAUCCUAUACAGUAUUACUUUCAACAUAAUAGAGCUCCUAAGACAGACCACUAUGUCAUCCCGUUCACCCGAGACCUUGUUAGGUCACCAAUGGAACAACCCAGAGAACUGCUUCCAGGGGUGUGGAAAGAGUAUCUGCACCCCAAGAAAACAAAGUCUCAAGACAGCGUAACAAGUCUCCUUUUGCUACAUUCAUGA